CACCAUCAAGAGCUCUCUCCCCCCUGAUUCUUAUACACUUUUGCUUAUCUGGAGAGUAGCUCUUGGCCAAGACCUGGCAGCAGAGAGCCAUGGACCAGUACGGCCUUGGAGAUGAGGGAGCCCUUCCAUCUGAGAUGCAUCUCCCUUCGUUUUCCGAGAGCCAGGGACUCAACUGCAAUGACACCCUCAACCGGGACCUGGGUCCCAGCACGCGAGACCUACUCUAUGCCGGCCUAAGUGGUCUGGACCUGGAUCCCAGCCUCCCAACACCCGACGUGCCUAGCGAAGUACUGGAAGACAACCUUGACGCUCUGUCCCUGUACUCGGGGAAGGACAAUGACUCCAUGAAGCUGCUGGAGGAGUAUGCAGACCCAGAAUUUCAGACUUCCUUACAAGACCUGGGCCCAGGUGCGCUGAAGGUGCCUAAAGAGGCUGACGAAGGAGGCAGGGCCACCUCUGGGAGUGCAAGGAAAGGAAAGCGGCAGCACACUUCCCCUCAAAACCCACUUUUGGAUUGCAGCCUCUGUGGGAAGGUGUUCAGCAGCGCCAGCUCUCUUAGCAAGCACUAUCUGACGCACAGCCAGGAAAGGAAACACGUCUGCAAAGUCUGCAGCAAGGCCUUUAAGCGUCAGGACCACCUGACAGGGCACAUGCUCACCCACCAGAAGACCAAGCCCUUUGUGUGCAUCGAGCCCGGCUGCAGCAAGAGCUACUGCGACUACCGCUCCCUGCGCCGGCACUGCGAGGUACAGCACGGUCUGUGCAUCCUGAAGGACGCCCCUGCGGAAGAGGAGGCCUCUGGGGACUCCCCACACGCCCCUGAGAUGGCCGGUCCGCAGGCACCCGGGGGCCUGCGGUCCCUGGUGCCCCCAGAAGCCAGGUCCCCAGGCUCCCUGUUGCCCAACCGAGACCUCCUGCGCUGUAUCGUCAGCAGCAUCGUCCACCAGAAGAUCCCUUCUCCCGGCCCAGCCCUGGCAGGGCCUUCGGACAGCAGCGAAGGGCGGAAUGCGGCCUGUCCCUGCACGCCUUCUUCAGGGUCCUCCUGCAACCCCGUGAGCACCAUGGCAGCCCCAGGAACCCUGGGCAUUGAGGUGCCCGAGGAGCCUCGUCCCCCACGGAAGGAGCCUGCCACUGACGUGUUCACAGCUGCCCACUCAAGGGCAGCAGAGAAUGGUGGCCCUGACCCAGCUGAGUCGGAGCUGUCCCCCCUGGAGGGCUGGCCUGAGGGCAGCUCCCUGCCUGCCUGCCUGCCUCUGUUCAGGGGCCAGACAGUCCCUGCCAAUUCCCAGCCAUCCAGCCACAAUUUCCAGUGGCUCCGGAACCUGCCAGGCUGCCCCAAGAGCAAAGAGAACAAUGUGUUUGUGGUCCACAAGUCCCCUGCAGUGCCGUCCAGGGAGGGCCCCCAGUCUGGCCCUGUGCCCAGCAGCACCUCCCCCACAGGGGAGCCCUCGCCCAGCUCAGGCCCCAGUCUGGAGGACGUGCUAGCCUUCGCUCCCCCACUCCUGAAGGCGCCUGCGGAGGCCUCAGGUGACCCUAGACGUGCCAGUGGGGAAGAUGACUCCUGGGCUUCCAAGAAGAGCAAGUUUGACUGCGACGCCUUCCCGUGGCAGAACCCCGGGGAGCCUGGCCUGCAGGAUGUCCAGAAGCCAGGAGGGCUCCCGUCGGAUGCCAUGCCACUCUUCCGGCAGCUGUUCUUGAAGUCGCAGGAGUCUCUGGUGAGCCACGAGCAGAUGCAGGUAUUCCAGAUGUUCACCAAAUCCCACCGGAUCUUCUCCCAUGCGCAGGUGGCAGCAGCUUCCUCCCAGCUCCCUGUGCCCGAGGGCAAGCAGGCCACCUUAAAGCCACUGCAGGGGCCGUGGGCACAGCAGCCGCCGCCGCUGACACCCAGUGCGGACUGUCUCUAUGCUGGCCCUGGAAACCCGGAGCCAGAGGGGUCCCCAGCCCGCAGGAGAAAAACCACGCCCACGUUCCCCAGAGAGGCGUCUCCUGGCAGCACAAGAUGGGACGUGAAAGGAGGACCGAAUGUGACCGCCACCCCAGCGUCUCUCACAGCCGCAUCUCUGGACCCUUCCGGGAAUCCAGACAUCUCUCUGUCCAAGCAGUUGAGAUCCACGAAAGGGACCUUGGACCUGGAGGACAUCUUCUCCCCCGGGGGCCCACAGCAGACCCAGUUAGGUGGGGACGACCCGCCCAGAGCCCAGGGCCCCGGGAAGCAGACCCAGGCUGAGAAUGGAACGGCUUCCGGGGCCAUGAAAGGUGAAAAGGGCCUGGCCUGCUCCCGGGGCGGAGGCUACAGGCUCUUCUCCGGCCACUCCAGGGCCCAGCGCCUCUCAGGCUACCGGAAGGACAAGGUGAAAAUGGAUACGUGCUGUGCGGCUUCUCCCAGCCAGGUAGCCAUGGCCUCCUUCUCAUCGGCCGGGCCUCCAGCAGAUCCCCCACGGGACUCAAAGUCCAAGCUGACGAUCUUCAACAGAAUCCAGGGUGGAAAUAUCUACCGGCUCCCUCAUCCAGUGAAAGAGGAGAACACGGCAGGUGGAUGUCACCAGCAAAACGGGGGCCCCACAGACUGGGCAGAACCAAGGAGCACUUAUGUCUGCAAGAACUGCAGCCAGAUGUUUUACACCGAGAAAGGGCUGGCCAGCCACAUGUGCUUUCACAGUGACCAGUGGCCGUCACCUCAAACGAAGCAGGAGCAGCAGAUGUUUGGCACAGAGUUUUGCAAGCCACCAGGACAGGUGCUGAGGCUGGAGGGGGACAGGCAGAGCCCCCCAGGAGUCAAGAAGUCCUUGGACCACAUGGCCACAGCCCCUUUGGAGAUCCCCAUUCCGGUGCCUGUGGCUGCAGCACACCGACCCCUGGGGAGCAUGGCCAAGGGGGGGGGACAAGAGAAAGACACGGAAGAGAGAGACAGCAAGGAGUGCAGCCAACAUAGGAAGCGGAAGAAGCGCCCCCAGCCCAAGGCGCUGUUCAUGCCUCCUCCCCGCUCCACGAUUGGGGAGCCGAGCCCCCGAGGCUGCCACCAGAGCUGCCUGCGGUCUCCAGUGUUCCUGGUGGACCGCCUUCUGAAGGGACUGUUCCAGUGCCCUCCCUACACUCCACCCCCGAUGCUCAGCCCCAUCCGGGAGGGCUCCGGGCUGUAUUUCAGCACUCUCUGUUCCACGACGGCGCAGGCCAGCCCCGACAAACUCAUCAGCACCAUGCUGGAUCAAGUGGAUGGCUCUUUUGGCAUCUGUGUGGUGAAGGAUGACACCAAGAUUAGCGUUGAACCACACAUCAACAUAGGAAGCCGGUUUCAGGCUGAGAUCCCGGAGCUCCAGGACAGAUCGCUGGCUGGAACUGAUGAGCAUGUCGUUUCUCUGGUCUGGAAGCCGUGGGGAGAUAUGAUGACCAACCCGGAAACACAGGAUAGAGUGACCGAGCUCUGCAAUGUGGCCUGCUCCAGUGUGAUGCCGGGCGGGGGCACCAACCUGGAGCUCGCUCUGCACUGCCUGCACGAAGCCCAGGGCAACGUCCAGGUUGCCCUGGAGACCCUCCUACUCAGAGGACCCCAGAAGCCACAGACUCACCCACUCUCCGACUAUCGCUACACAGGUUCAGACGUCUGGACCCCCAUGGAAAAGAGGCUCUUUAAGAAGGCGUUUUGUGCCCACAAGAAGGACUUUCACUUGAUACACAAGAUGAUCCAGACAAAGACUGUAGCCCAGUGUGUUGAGUAUUAUUACAUCUGGAAAAAAAUGAUAAAAUUUGACUGUGGCCGAGCCCCAGGGCUGGAAAAGAGGCUCAAGAGAGAGCCAGAUGAAGCAGACAGGACAGAAGCAAAGGUCACUUGCAGCCCUCCAGAGAGACCCAGCCACCAUCCAACCCCCGAGUUAAAGAUAAAGACCAAGAGUUACAGGAGGGAGUCCAUCCUCAACUCCAGCCCCAACACCGGCCCCAAGCGGACCCCCGAGCCGCCCGGGAACGUGGAGGGCCGGGGCGUCUUUCCCUGCAGAGAGUGUGAGAGGGUGUUCGACAAGAUCAAGAGUCGAAAUGCCCACAUGAAGCGGCACCGGCUUCAGGACCACGUGGAGCCCAUCGUCAGGGUGAAGUGGCCAGUGAAGCCCUUCCAGCUGAAGGAGGAGGAGGAGGAGAAGGAGAUAGGGGCUGACGUCGGCCCCCUGCAGUGGUGAUUCCUGGGGGGAUGGCUAGUGGGGGCAAGGCAGCAAGUCAGGAUGGGGACCUCCAGCCCUGUCAUGUCUCCCUUUGGCCUCCCCAAGGUGUUUGGGGCACCCCUCUGCCUCCCCCCAACCUUCAGGGUCCCCAUGGGCCAGCCAAGCUUGCAGACACAGUGGGCAUUUGACCAUAAGUUAGUAGGAGAAACACACAGUCAUUGGACAACUGUGAAGUCCCUGUAAGCUGGUGCCAAAGGCUCCGGUCUCUUUAGGGUGAUAGUCUCUCCCCUUCUUUCAGUUCCUCUCCUCCUAGAGUAGCGUGGCUGGGGGAGGGGACAGUUAGAUCUGGGUGGCUCUCAAAUGUUAGCCUCAGUUUUGGGGUUUGGUUCCAUUGUUAGGUAAGGCCAAGACGUAGAGAAUCAGUGGGAAAAUGCCUUCAGAUGGCCAACGUGUCAGGACCCCCUCCAGGGGAUCUCUCUGCAUUCUGGAUUUAGCCCUUAGUCUUGCAAUGGCUUGUAUGUUGUUAGAUGUUUUUUGUACGUGUCGACUUGUAAAUCUUA